UGCACCACCUGUGGGAAGCGUUUCCGCCAGCUGCCCCACCUCCAGGACCACGAGCGGAUCCAUUCUGGUCUGCGGCCUUUCUGCUGCUGGGUCUGCGGCAAGAGUUUUAGCGUGGCCGCCCGCCUCACCGAGCACGCUCGCACCCACAGCGGCGAGAAGCCCUACCCCUGCCCGCACUGCAGCGCCGCCUUUCGCUCUCGUCCCAACCUGGAUAAGCACCUGCGGCUGCACGGAGACCUCGCUCCGGAAACCAUCGAGCAAGUGGCACAAGCGACCGAGGAGGCGUAUGUCCAGAAGGUGCUGGAGGGGGCCAAGGCACUCUCUUCCCUGGCUGCCACAACCGAGAUGGAGGCGGGCACCGUGCAGACCAUCUACGUGGUGCAGGAAGGUGAAGGGGGCACCGAGACGGUGAUGAUCCCGUCCGACCAGCUGGAGGGCUUAGAGGGAACCUCACAGGUCGUCAUCCUGCCCUCCUCGGUUUUGGAAGCUCAGGGGAUAAACGUUCCCACCAUCGCCAUCAACGAGAGCGGAGUCGCCGUGGUGGAGACGAGCCAGUCACCGCAACACGCCAUCGAGUUCAUCGUGGAGGAGACUGUGUGAGAAAUUAUUAGUAAUAACUAUGGCAACGUCUGAUUAUAAGUUGAAGACUUUGAACAUGAUUUCACUUCCUUAUAGCUUAUUAGAUUUAUUCAGUUAAAAUGUUCUAGUUUGUGUAAUAUUUUAAUUCCACUUGAGCAAAAUUUAAUUUAAUUUUUUUUUACGUAAUAACUUAAAGAUUGAUACGUUUUCUCCCAAUACCAUAGAUCAGUCAUCUGAAGUAUUUAAAAAAAAUUAAAUUAGUUUUUGAUUAUUUUUUGAAACUAGUUCCUGAUUUAUUUUGCGUUUGUAGAGCCUCUGUUUAUUUGUGAAACACCUGGUCCCCUGAGAAAUAUUCUCUGCUUUCUUAAUAAUAAAUGCCUCCGCUUUCA